UCAUCUUGGCUUAUAUUGUAAAUGAUUUUCAAGUCCAAGAAGACAUGAGUAUUGGAAAUACAACUUUUGGUAAUUUGGAGAAGGAUGGUUCUAUGAUUAUUGAUAAAAAAGAUGGAACAAUACUUGAUUAUUUACAUACACUUUUCUGGGAUGGAUUGCCAUCAUCAUCUCAUAGUAAUGAACAAAGUGAUUUAGCAAUGAUGACAUUAAAGCUAUUGUUGCUCAAAGCUAAAAGACGCAGGACCUUUUAUCUCACAGAAAUAUUUCCUGGACUUAAAGGACAAGUUGGAAAAAUGGCACUCCUUGUUCCUGAGAACUUAAGUAAUCCAAAAGUACUUCAUGAAUGGUACAAAGGAAAAAAUCAUAUUGGAGAAGAGAUGAUUAUUGGCUGUGGAAGUGAUCCAUUUCCUGAUUCAUGGUUUAGUUUUAAGAAGGAGGAUGGGAGUGGUGUCAUUAGAGUAUAUUUUGAAAGCAAAAAACGUGAAAAUAACAAAAAGUUGUCAGCAACAUAUUUCAAUGAACAUCAAAGAAAAGUGAAAAACAAAGGAGGAGUAACACAUUAUAUUUUUGUAUUUAUAGGUGACUAUGAUAUUUCUAGUAUAGAAGCAGAUGAUGGUGAAUAUAUUAUUGGAACAAAUAACAUGGGUAAUUUUUAUGGAAAAAUCUUAAGUCUUAAACAACAACAACUGUUGUAUAAAGAAUAA